CUCGGUUCGUGUUCUGGACCCUCUGAUCAGAGGCCGGGGCUGAGACCCCCUGCUUCGCUGGGACGCCCCGCCUUCGUUCAGCUCUCGCUCGGGACCAUGACCUCUGAGGUGGCGCGGCACCUGCUCUUUCAGUCUCACAUGCCAACAAAAACAACCUGUCUGUCCUCACAAGUAUCUGAUGAUGAACAGAAACAAAAAAAAGAAAAUAUUCGUUCUUUAACUAUGUCUGGCCAUGUUGGUUUUGAGAGUUUGCCCGAUCAGCUGGUCAAUAGAUCCAUUCAGCAAGGCUUCUGUUUUAAUAUUCUCUGUGUGGGGGAGACUGGAAUUGGAAAAUCAACUCUGAUUGACACAUUGUUUAAUACUAAUUUUGAAGACCAUGAAUCCUCACAUUUUUACCCACAUGUUAAACUUAAAGCUCAGACAUAUGAACUCCAUGAAAGUAAUGUUCGAUUGAAAUUGACCAUUGUGAAUACAGUGGGAUUUGGUGACCAAAUAAACAAAGAAGAGAGCUACCAACCAAUAGUUGACUACAUAGAUGCUCAGUUUGAGGCCUAUCUCCAAGAGGAGCUGAAGAUCAAGCGCUCUCUCUUUAGCUACCAUGAUUCUCGCAUCCACGUGUGUCUCUACUUCAUCUCCCCGACAGGUCACUCUCUGAAGACACUAGAUCUCUUAACAAUGAAGAGCCUUGACAGCAAGGUGAACAUUAUACCAGUGAUUGCCAAAGCAGAUGCAAUUUCUAAAGCUGAAUUACAGAAGUUUAAGAUCAAGCUCAUGAGUGAAUUGGUUAGCAGCGGUGUCCAGAUAUAUCAGUUUCCAACAGACGAUGAAACUAUUGCUAAAAUCAAUGCUUCAAUGAAUGGACAUUUGCCAUUUGCUGUUGUAGGAAGUAUGGAUGAGGUAAAAGUUGGAAAUAAGAUGGUCAAAGCUCGCCAGUACCCGUGGGGUGUUGUACAAGUGGAAAAUGAAAACCACUGUGAUUUUGUAAAGCUCCGGGAAAUGCUCAUUUGUACAAACAUGGAAGAUCUGCGAGAACAGACCCACACUAGGCAUUAUGAACUUUACAGGCGUUGCAAACUGGAGGAAAUGGGCUUUACAGAUGUGGGCCCAGAGAAUAAGCCGCUCAGUCUUCAAGAGACCUAUGAAGCUAAAAGACAUGAAUUUUAUGGAGAACGUCAGAGGAAGGAAGAAGAAAUGAAGCAGAUGUUUGUGCAGCGAGUAAAGGAGAAAGAAGCCAUAUUGAAAGAAGCUGAAAGAGAGCUACAGGCCAAAUUUGAGCACCUUAAAAGAGUUCACCAAGAAGAGAGAAUGAAGCUUGAAGAGAAAAGAAGACUCUUGGAAGAAGAAAUAAUAGCUUUUUCAAAAAAGAAAGCUACCUCGGAGAUAUACCAGAACCAGUCCUACCUGGCAUCAGGCAGCAACCUGAAGAAGGACAAGGACCGUAAGAAGGAACCAGGCUAUCGAUUCGAACUCCUGUGCUUUGAUGUCAGAGCUUGUGAAACCAAUGGUGGACGUAAAGAUGCAGAGGAAGGUAGAGAGGGUCCCCGUACAAUGGGGCGGCCAUGAGUAGCAUUUGGAUGAUAAUCUCAAGGCUUAUAGGUUUGGGGUAUGUGUUAAAAUCAAAGUUACCAAAAUUUUAGAAAAUAAGUUUUUUUUUCCCUUUUCUAUACUUUAUGUCCUUUAUUUCUCCCACUUAAAGUAUCCUUGUCAUUUUGCCUGUUUGUUCUUGAAAUUCAGCAUUGACUGGUUCUUUUGAGAGUGCUUCUUGGUGACUCUUUGCCUUAAUUUACUCUAGCUACCUCUGUUUUGGCAGCAUCCAGCUUUCCUUUUUUUCCUCACAGAGCAACAUUUAUGGUUUAAUUUUGUCAUCACAUCUUAUUUCAAACCCAGCAUUUUCAGAAUACUGUAAUUUAACUUCAAAAUAAUUAGGAGAGCAUAAUGUUGGCCCAUGGCAGCUUUCUAUUUUUGAACUAUGGAAAAGUGAAUCCACAGAGUCUUGGUAGGUUUAACUGAGGGUUUUAUGGUUUGUGGGGAAAAGAGAAGGAAUGAAUUCUCACAUCUAAUCUUGCAGUAUAAGUUCUACAUGGGCAUGGAUCUUUGUUUUGUUCAUUGAUGCAUCCAUCCCCAGAGCCUGUAGUAAUAAUAAUAAUAAUAAACAGAGCCUGCUGUAAUAGUGGGCAUACAGUUACUUGUCAAAAGAAUGAAUAUGACUUUUAUAGCCAUAAUCAUUGAAUUUCAAAAGAUAAACUAUAAUUUAUUAUGGCUUUAAGAUAUGCUUUGAAAUAUAAAGCUUAGGGACCUUUUACCUGUUCUUAUCCUUUCACCUUAAUCUAAUUCCAGUGUUACUAAAAUUGGAUUCCCAAGUUUAUUCCAUAUAUGAAAGACAGUUUACAUUUGCUUUGUAAAAAUUGUUGCCCUGCUUCACUUAAAAACCAUUAUUAGCAUGUGCUCUUGUUUAUAAAGUCAGGGCCAAGCCCAUAAUUUUUGAGCGCUCAAAAGAAUUCAUAUUUAAGAAAUACAGUUUGGUGUUUUUUUAUUUUUCUUUCCAAAGGUAUCCUGUAGUAUAUUAGAUGUAUGUUGCUCUUUCUGUAAAAGCUUGUAAAACUAAUGAUUCUAGUAAUUUUAUUUCCUAUAUGGUUUUUUGUUGUACCAAUCAAAAGGUUUUUCUUCUCUUUCCAGCUCCAAUUUAUGUAAAACAAAGGUUCCAGAUCACAGAAGGUCAUCACAGCAAAAGUUAUUAAAAUGUUAGAAGUA